CUGUCACUUCUGGUGCUGCAGUCUGAGACGUUGUGGCGACCUCAGGCUCUCCUUUUUCACUUAAAUAACGGAUUUAACUCUUGAAUGCUGAAGAGGAGCAUGUUGUGACCUCCUGUUUCUCUACCUCAUCAAUAGUCCUCCUCACCUUCCUGGAGAAGACUACAAGUCAACUGCUGCCAGAAGCAAAUGUGGAGAGACACAGAAGGAAGGACCAAGUCACAUGGGAGUGUGUGACAGUACGAGCGUAAGGCUUCGUGUUCAGGCCUCCCGCCAUUGCCCCCUCGUCCCAGACAAGCAUGGCAGGGAGCAGAGAGCGCAGUGGUCGGGCCCAGAGGCCGUGGUCAGUCUACCGGGCGAACACGUUCCAGCUGUCCAGCGAGAUGAUUGGCUUAGCCCUGGCAGGAAACAGUCAGGACCCAGAUGAACCCGUGCUUGAGUUCAGCAUCGCCUGCAAAGACCUGCUGACUCCUGCUUUGGAUCGGAAACCCAACAGUUUUGUAGCAGUGAGCUGCACAACGCCACCGCAGGCCUUCUGGACCAAACACGCCCAGACAGAAGUCAUAGAGGGUAGCAGCAACCCCAUCUUCCUUAGCAGCGUCGCCUUCUUCCAGGAUUGCAACAUCAACCAGCAGACGCAGGUGAAACUGGCGGUCUACGACGUGAAGGACCGCUCCCAUGGCACGAUGUACAUGUUGGGCUCUGCACUUUUCCCUGUAAAGGAGUUGUUGCAUGAAAAAGACCACAGAUUAGAGCUGGAGCUCAGGUCAGCGGAGAACAAGCGGGUGGGAAACCUCUCCGUGUCCGCAUGGCAGAUGGGCGAGAAAGCAGAUCAGAGAAUUUCAGUCAGCCGCCUUCCAGACAGUAACAAUGGCCGGACAAUGCUUGCUGUUGACGAGAGCCUUUCGGAAGCGAUGGGAGUGCGAAUCAAGUACGCCUCACUGUGCAGAGACACCCUUCUGCGUUCAGUGUUUGGAGGCACAAUGUCCAGGAUGUACCGCUUCCCUACAACCAAUGCCAACCACCUGCGGGUGCUUGAGCAGAUGGCCGAGAGCAUCUUGUCCCUGAACAUCCCCAGACAGUUUGUCAAACUGCUGUUGGAGGAGGACACGGCCCGGGUUGGUGAGCUGGAGGAGCUGGGAGAGUUGUCCCCUUGCUGGGAGAACCUGCGGCGACAGAUCGUCACUCACUACCAAGCUGUCAUAGUCUCGUACCAGGAAACACUCUCACACCUCAGUGACUACAAAGGACCGUCAUUUAAAGCCAGCAGUCGGAAGGCUGACAGGAAGAUGGAGUUCAUGCCAACCAACCUCCACAUUCAAAGGAUGAGGGUGCAGGAUGAGUUGGGUUUUGAGCACACGUAUGAUGUCAUCACCAUCGGUGCGCCGGCUGCGCACUGCCAGGGCUUUAAGAACGGUGGCCUGAGAAAACUCACUCAGAAAUUUGAGGAAGCAAAGAAACACGCAUAUGAGGAGGUGCGCAGCACCGUCUCCAGCUCGCAGUCUAUCGUCUUCAUACCUCAGGAUGUGGUUCGAGCCAAAGAGAUCAUCUCCCACAUCAACACCCUGAAGACCCAGGUCUAUUAUUACGCCGAGAGGCUUUCUAGAGCUGCAAAGGACCGGUCUGCCAGCGGAAUGGAAAGGACACUUGCCACGCUGGCUGAUAAGACUCGACAACUGGUGACAGUAUGUGACUGCGAGCUGCUGGCGUCUGCCAUUCAGGCUCUGAACGCAGCAAGGCCCGAGUACAUCGCCUCCAAAUUGUCUCCCUCUGCUGAUUCGGAGCAAGUAGUCCUCCGCAACGACCAGGACACGCUACUGGCCAAGUGGAGCGGCAACAACAGUCGGUCAUCGCUGCUCGUAGACUGGCAUGAGAAGGAGUGGGAGAAAGUGUGGUUGAAUGUGGACAAGUCACUGGAGUGCAUCAUCCAGCGUGUGGACAAGCUGCUGCAGAAGGAAAGGAAUCCCGGCGACAGCGUUGAAGGCGCAGGCCAGUCAGACGGUGCCAGUAAAAAGGGUGAUGGAAAACGACGCGCUUUCUGGAUCAACCCCAGAAGUUCUUUGCCGGAGUUUCCAUUACUGUCCUCGUCAGCUUCACCUCCCCCAUCAUCAUCUUCCUUGCCUGCUCUCUCAUCUGCAUGCCCUCCAAGCCCUGCACAAGACAGCUCGCCCAACAAUCAGGCAUGUUGCGCUUCAUCCCUUCUGGAAGGAAGCCCUAACGUUGAGGAGGCGUACCCAGGCGAGUGGAGCGAGGCGUUGUACCCUCUUCUCACCACGCUCACCGACUGCGUGGCCAUGAUGAGUGACAAAGCCAAACAGUCCAUGGUCUUUCUCCUCAUGCAGGACAGCGCACCCACAAUUGGGAUGGACGUUUCCCUGCAGUACCGCCGUGAUGUCGUCUUCUGCCAGACACUCACUGCUCUCAUCUGCGGCUUCAUCAUCAAACUGAGGAACUGUCUCCGUGACAACGGGUUCCUCCGACAGUUGUACACCAUUGGCCUGCUGGCUCAGUUUGAGUCCCUCCUCAGCACCUACGGAGAGGAGUUGGCCAUGUUGGAGGACAUGAGCAUCGGCGUAAUGGAUCUGCGGAAUGUCACCUUUAAGGUGACACAGGCGACUGGCAGCUCUGCCCUCGACAUGUUGCCGAUCAUCACCGGCAACCGUGACGGCUUCAACGUCCGCAUCCCUUUGCCGGGAAGCAUGUUUGAUGCGUUGCCACGGGAGAUCCAGAGCGGAAUGCUGCUCAGGGUGCAGCCGGUGCAUUUUAACGUUGGCAUCAACGAGCAGCAGACGCUGGCUGAGAAGUUUGGAGACACAUCACUUCAGGAGACCAUCAACAUGGAAAGUUUGACGAGGCUCAACUCUUACUAUGAACAAUUUAAAGAAGUUCUGCCUGAGGACUGUCUCCCAAGGUCCCGCUCUCAGACUUGUCUUCCAGAGUUGCUCAGGUUUCUGGGCAAGAACGUGGAGUCAAGGAAAAAUAAGAAUGUGGACAUCUUAUGGCAAUCAGCUGAGAUCUGUCGCCGGCUUAACGGCGUUCGUUUCACCAGCUGCAAAAGCGCCAAGGACCGGACGGCCAUGUCCAUCACCCUGGAGCAGUGUCUGAUCCUGCAGCAUGAGCACGGCAUGGCGCCGCAGGUCUUCACUCAGGCCCUGGAUUGUAUGCGCAGCAUUGGGACAAGGGAGGGGGUGAUCCAGAAGAACCUGAGUGGUUUACUGCCGGUGCGGGACUUCCGCGUGGACCCCAGCCUCCUGUACUCUCUGCCCCUGCUGGCCCUCAGCCCCAACCUCCUGGUGGUGUGGAUCUUCCUCAGCGUGACUUUUAUCCUGACCAGACUCCGCUGCAGCUGAGCGCCAAUCAGUUUAGCAAGAGCGAGAUGUAUUAAUAUCACUUUCCAGGAGAGGAGAGGACCUGUGCCAGGAUCCUGCACUCGCUCUGCUGCAUGGUCAACGGAUGCCUUGUGCUCAGGAACGUUUUCGCUUUCUUGCCAAAUCUACAGACCCUCUUAUUAGUAUCAAUAAGUAUUCAUAAUAUCAUGUUGCUUAUUAAAGGCUCCCCUUAGAGACAUUAUUUCUAGGGACCGGCUUUUCACUUGUGCUAGAUAAACACAGCAAAAAUAAGUGCAUUAGAGAUGCGCGGAUAGGCAAUUAUUUCAUCCGCAACCGCAUCAGAAAGUCGUCAA